GAAGGCACCGGUGAGUGCUCCGCGUGCGUUUAGUAAUAAAAUGCAGAACGCCCCAGCUACAUUUCAAGAAUUUCUCAACUUCAAACACUUGAAAGAUUGGCCUGAAAUUCCCUCAGUAGAAGAACCUCUUCAUAAAGAGAUGAUUCCAGUUUCUAUAUUUUCAUUGGACGUGAUUCAUGAACAUUUUUUAGUAAAUGCCCCCCUUUCUGUGAGUGCUUUUGGAGAUAUGGAGUCAAAAAUUGAUAAGAGUUUGGUGCUUUUGGAUAGUUAUGCCUCCCAAAUGUUAUGUCUACCAGCUUUGGAUGGUGAUAAGGACUCUUUGCCAAGAGUCUUUCUUACUGAACCUGAAACGCCUGAACUCUCCCAGGAUGCACACAAAAACGUUAAGGCAAUUAACGGAAUAAAUCAUGAAGAAAAGGAUAACUGUGUUGAGAAUUGUGUAUUUCCUGGUUUCGAAAGAGCAGACUUACCUGGAAACAUUAAGGCACCUCAGAUCUUACAGAACAUUGCUAAAGUCCAAAAACUUAAGGAAGGAACUGGGAAAAUAUCAACAUUACUUCUAUCUGAGAAGUCAAUAGCCAUAUUUCAAGAUUGCUUCUGGUGGUUUUUUCUUCAGAAAUUUAAGCCUCAGCAAGUGGAGCAAGAUUACCUCUUUGACCGGAUCUCAGACACUUUUGUUGCUCUUUUCUGCAGUAUUCCACAGGAUGUGAAAGAAAUUUUUUUCCAGGUGUACCCAAACUACUUGUCGCAAGCCAUAUUCACAGCAUUUUACAAAGCCUUCCCACAGUCUCGUGUACGAUUUAAUGGAAAAAUGAAAACUGAAAUAGUAGACCUCGUUUUCCAGUGGGUCUCUGGUAUAAAGCCAGUGCCUUGCUUCUGGGAAAAAUGGGAUGUUAGUGUCCUUGAAUGCCAGAAAAAUGAUCAAAACUCUACUGAAAAAAUUAACACACCUCAAAACCUAGCUGAUGUCAGAAGGAGGCUGGAAUUUAAUCUGGAUUACUUACUUGAAGAGACUCGACAUCCACAUCUUUCUAGGACAUUAGAUACAAACAAAAAUGCCAUAACAAAAGAGUCUCAUUCAAUAGGUCCAGGACCAGAGUUUCAGCAUGGGCUUUUUCAGCUAGCAAGCCACAGCCUUCUGGUGUCAAACUACUUGAAGAGGCAUCACUUCACAAGUUGUAUAAACAGAUCACAACAGAGAAUAAAACACCCUGAAAUUUCACACUUGCCGCCUGUUGGUACAACCUAUCAAGACAUCAUUAAAGAAACUCAGAAGCUUAGAAAGAGUUUACAACAGGAAUAUGAAAUGUUAGAAACAAAAACCCAAAAGGAACUGGCAGAAAUUCAGCAACAAACUGUGAUAGUGAAGGACAAAAUUGAGAAAAUGAAACAAGAAGUUUCAAGUAGUGUAAAGCUGAACAGCACACUUCUUCUGGAGAAACUGCAAAAGAUGCCAUUUUCCAGUAAACUGUUCAGGAAAAAGGAUUUGACCAUACAAGAUGUUCUUGAUGCUGACAAUGAAUGUGAACCAACCACUGAGCAGACAUUAAAACAUUACUAAAGUCUUUAUGUUGAAGCCAA